AUAAACUCCUAUUUUUAUUUUUCAAAACUAUAUAAUAUCGAAAUAUUUUUGAUAUAACAUGGCCAGAUUCAGAGUAACAACCCUGUUAAUUUAGCGGCUUAAAAAAACAAAAAAAAUAAAAGGCACGAAUCCAUUAUCCAUGCGUGUGCGUGCUAGCAUAAAUAAUCAAACUCUCAUUUCAAAACCUUAAUCUUCUGGAAAAAUAAUAUAUAGAUUUUUUUUACAGAAGCUAUAUAUAUCUUUUUAAAUUUGGGUAGUUCUCUCCAAAUUAGUAGUUUUUUUGAGAAAAGAAAAUAGAAGUAGAGGGUUACGUGUUAUACAUGUGUUUGUCAAAGGUGGCGAACCAAAGAGAGUACCAAGGCUUUCCUUCAUCAUCAAGCGGUGGCGGUAGAAGAAUCAACGGUGGAGAUGAGGAGAGAGAAAGCAGCACAACAACAGUGAGUACUGAAGAAGGGGUCAACAUGGUGGUAGCUGAUUAUCAACAAGGAGGACUUUCUGAAGCUGAAGCUGAAGUUGCGGUGCGGCCGCCGCCCGUGUAUCGGACUAAUUGGGAGACUUCUGCUAUGGUUAUGGCUUUGACUGACGUCGUAUCGGGCCGUGGUGGUGGUGAGUGGAGCGACGUCUAUUCGUAUGGCUACCCUGAUACGUCGUCGAAGACGUCGGUCGGCCAAAAGAGAGGGAGGGAAGAUACUGGUAGUGCAAGCGGUGGUGGUGAAUUGGGGGAUAUUCCGUUCAUGUAUGGCGGUUUUGGUGGCAGCAGUGGUGGUCGAGGUGGUGGAGGAGAAUCGUCAACAAGUGCAAGUGGUGUGAAGGAGGAAAUACACAUACCAAGUCCAGUACAAACACAAUCCCGUUCCCAAUCCAGCUCCAUUGUCAGCACCACCACAACAAUCACCUCGUCCAGCCAACCACAACGUACAACCACCAAUACCAAUGCCUCGGCCAAUGAAGAACCCCAAAGUGGAGAACGAAAACGACGAUACAGGGGAGUCCGACAGAGACCCUGGGGCAAAUGGGCCGCUGAAAUACGCGACCCACACAAGGCAGCCCGAGUAUGGCUAGGAACGUUCGACACAGCAGAAUCUGCAGCACGUGCCUACGAUGAAGCCGCCCUCCGCUUUCGUGGUAACCGCGCCAAGCUCAACUUCCCUGAAUUCGUCCAAUCCAUCCCUCCACCUGCUCGCCCUUCCCUGCCAACGACUACCGGAAUCUCACCUGUGCCAGUACCAGGAUCAAUAUUCCCUACAAACAGAGUAUCUCAGACAAUCCAUUUCCAACAACAGCAAUAUCCUUCACAGCAUCAGCAACAUCAACAUCAACAUCAACAUCAGCAUCAGCAGCAGCAGCAGCAGCAGCAGCAGCAGCAGAAUACUGCUGAUGUAGCAAGAGAUUACUGGGAAUACUCUCAACUAUUACAAAGUUCUACUGAUUUCAACUUUCCUGGCUUUGGUCACAUACUAUAUCCUUCCAUUUCGCGGGAAUUAGUGGCUCCUGAUCCUCCUGUCUCCUUUUCUUCUCCCUCGUUAUCAUUCUCAUCAAUGCCGGCUAACUUGCAGUAUCCCCAGAAUAUCUCCGGUGAGCAAACAAUGACUUUUCGGCCUCCAACACAAGGUAGCAAUAGCGGCAGUUCGAGUUUUACAGAGAGUUAUUGGCCUGAAUCUAAUCCUUAUCAACCUCCGUCCUCUUCCAACUAAAAUUUGAAUUCUUUGGUACUUUCAUAUUGUGAUUCAUCAGAUUCUGUUUUUAGGCGGGAAAAUUUAUAAUGUUCUUUGCAAUUACAUUUUAUUUUUGUAUUCA